CACGUCUCCUUCCAUCACAGAUCCCAACAAUGGGAGGAUUAGUCCUCAUCUCUGGACGGGGGUUGGAGGACCUUUUCGGAGCCCCCGUUAGGAAAACGCAGACGAGACCUUUGUGUCCCCCGCCUGGACACCAUAGUUUAGGGGGAUGGUUGUGCUGGGUGAAAGCCAGCCCACAUUGCACAGACAUUGUUCCCCAGGCCCCAGGCAGCAAAGGCUCGCGUCGUGGGAACAAUGACCACCUCUCGGGACGGGAGCGAUGUCCUGCAGGUGACGGCAGCCGAGGGCUCUCUCGGGGAGGAGGCCCAGCAGCCGCCCGUGAACGCCGAAGGGGGAGCCCCGAGUCCUUUGGCGCCCGUGAGAGUCCGGCAGCCCCGCAUGUUCAGGAGGCGCGCGUACCUCUUGGACGAACUGUCCGACGACGAGGUGGUGAGGAGGUACCGGCUCAACCGCUCCGCCAUCCAAGAGCUCUUCGACCUGGUGGGGGAGGACCUGGAGCCGCAGACCAGGAGGAACAAGGCUCUGCCCGGCAUGUGCAAGCUGCUGGCGGUCUUGUACUUCUUGGGCAACGCCACCUUCCAGCCGGUCACCUCGCUCCUCAUCGGCAUGAGCCAGCCCACCUUCUCCAGGAUCCUCAAGCAGGUGGUGGAGGCCAUCCUCAAGCACUCCAGGCGCCUCGUCCACUUCCCGGCGUCCCCGGCGGACUGGCAGAGGGUGAGGCGGGACUUCUUCCUGCUGGGGGGGAUGCCGAACUGCCUGGGCGCCAUCGACUGUACCCACAUCGCCCUGGCGCCGCCACGGGAGAGGGAGGAGGUGUUCCGCAACUGGAAGGACUUCCACUCCCUCAACGUGCAGGUGGUGUGCGAUUCCCGCCUGCGCAUCAUGAGCGUCAACGCCGCCUUUCCGGGCAGCUGCCACAACGCCUACAUCCUGCGACAGUCCGCCCUUUACGACAAGUUUGCGCAGAGGCAGAUGCCCGACGGAUGGCUCCUGGGCCACGCGGGAUACGGGAGCCAACCAUGGCUGAUGACUCCGCUAGCGACUCCGGAGACGGCGGCCGAGACUCGGUACAAUCGCGCCCACCAGAAAACCCGCCAAUGCCUGGCACGACUCUUUGGGGUGUGGAAAUCGCGUUUCCGGUGCCUCUCGUCCACCGGCAAGCUGCUCUACGCUCCCACCAGGGUGGCCGAGCUCGUCAUCGUUUGCGCGGCGCUCCACAACCUGGCUUGCAAGCACGGAGCGCCGCAGGACAUCGACGGCAACCUACAGGCGGAAGACGAGGGACCGGCUGCUGACGACGAGGAGUCCUCGGAGGCAGGGCUCAGAAAGAGGGCGGAGCUGAUCGCCUCCCACUUCUGUUAAUCUGGAGAAGACGGGUGACUGUUCCUAAUCACAGAAUGCACGGCCAGCCUUUUCCCUAAAGGCUCUCCAUCUUGGAAGAAUUGUCAUGUACAUGGGCCCCGUGGGUCAUUCGGCUCUCUUCUUGCAGUGACAGAGGAGGAGAUCGCGACUUCUUGUUUGUCUGCGGCUGAUAUGUGCCAUGCAGGAGCUUUAAGCUACCCAUCCAAGAUGGCCGACAAUCAUUUGGUCGCCGUUAACAGAAACUACAGGUGGCCGCCAUUAUGUCCUGUCACUAAGUAUUGGACUAGUUACAUACUGUAUGUCUUGGCUUUGUAAGGCCAAAAUCAUCGUUCCGCUGUCAGAACUUAUGACACGAGUUCUAUAUUUGAAGAGCACGUUGGCGUACGGUACGUGAUACUGUAUUUCCACUAAUAUGGGCACCAAUAAUCGCUACCAUCGCCUUUCGGAAGAAAUAGGUGAACCUUGGUUGGCAAGAACUGUGAAAUGUAUUGUAUAUGAAAAAUGGGAUUUAUAAUCCGUUGUAUUGUAAAAUAAAAUAUUGCUUUUUUAAAAAA